GUGAUAGCAGCAGAACCCGACGGACAGUCUGACUCCCUCUGUUUUCACCUCGGAGUAAUGGAGGUCGCGUGAUAUCCCCUGCGUGUAACGGUUACGACCCUCGCGGCGUCUGUUUCCUGCGCGGCCGUCACUUUGCCCCGCCCUCCGGCGACGCUCAGUCGUGGUGUCCCACUACAGCUAGUUGGAACGAUUUCAGCACCGGGACAGAUCCUCCACUGUCUAAUGGCAACAUGGCGACAGAGUUCCACACCCUGCAGGAGAUGCAGCACAGCGCCUCGCUGGCCACCAAGGUCUUCAUCCAGCGGGACUACAGCGAGGGAACAGUCUGCAAGUUCCAGACCAAGUUCCCCUCCGAGCUGGACAGCAGGGUCGAGCGGUCUCUGUUCGAGGACACGGUGAAGACGCUGAAUAACUUCUACGCGGAGGCGGAGAAGAUCGGCGGCCAGUCCUAUCUGGAGGGCUGCAUGGCCUGCGCCACGGCCUACGUCAUCUUCCUCUGCAUGGAGACGCGCUACGAGAAGGUGCUGAAGAAGAUCUCCAGGUACAUCCUGGAGCAGAACGAGAAGAUCUACGCCCCCCGCGGCCUUCUGAUCACCGACCCCAUUGAAAGAGGCAUGCGAGUGAUUGAGAUCUCCAUCUUCGAGGACCGCAGCUCCAGCGGCUCCAGCUCGGGCAGUAGCUCCACCUCCAGCAGCAGCGGCCGAUGACUGGAGGACCAGCACCAGGGGUACGGGUACAGGGGGGACGGGGGGCUCCCCAAAAUCCGCAUGUUGAAACAUGAGAGCACCCGAUUCUGAACAGAGCCAGGGGGAGGGGGAAGGGGAAGGGGAGGGCACCCUUCCCAAAAGUGCCAACUGCCAUUCACAAAGCCAGGAGCUGGCACAGACAAACACACACACACACACAGGCACACACACACACACGCACGCACACACACCUCAUUCCAACAGCUCCAUUACCACGGGUAUAUCUCUGUCCCAUCGUUAAGAUAUCCAUCCACUCAUCAAUCAGGUAUUUGCUUGUUUUGUGGGGGAGGGGGGCAUUCAAAACUGCCUUUGACUUUAAUGUAAUUGUCCUCAUUAGAGCAGGCAAUUUGAUUGCCUCUGUUCCUCCAGGAUCUGUUCCGGAAGGACUAUUUUGUAAAGGUAGAAUAAUAGUCAGUCACUGCAUGCCUUAAAUGCCAGAUGAAAAAAAAAAACAACUACAAAUAUUAUUUUUUGCUUCCCAUUCUUCGAAUGAAUAGAACAAAUUAGGACGAAAUCGCUGACGUGUUUCCACCUGGAGCUGACAGCUGGGGGGUCUAGCCUGUUCCGCUUUGCGGCUGGCCGGGCGUGACUCCCUGUGGUUUUAUCUCACCGAGUAAAACCCGCUCUUUCUUCUGCCCAGAGUCCUUAUCAUUAAAUCGGAGUUUGUUUUUCCUUCACGGAGAAGGCUGAAUGCAGAAAACGAACUUUCAGUAAAGUUUACGCUAACAAAAAUCAUCUGUGGUUUUCGAGAAGAUUUACUCGACAGUAGCGGCUGGAUCUAUCGGCAACCCUGCGCUUCCCAGCCUGUUACAGGCCGGUGCAGUGAAUAUGAGUCUCAUACAAAUGUAUGGAGACUGCAUUCUACAGAUUAUGCUUUUGUGAUACCUUGCAGAUUUGUUCAUUUCUCCCUUUGGGUAACAUAUCAGCGCUGUGCUUAAUUUUUGCAUUCCAGUUACUUACAUCCUGGUGAAAACAAAUCACCAGAAACUGUCUUUCUGUGGACAGAAGACAGUCUGCUUUUUAUAAACGUGUUUAUUAUCAUAUGGUCAAAGUUUACAGAGACUGAAGAGCAGGAAAACGGCUAAUAACCACUCAGGGCCGGUUCUAGGCGCAGGCAGCGAUGGCGGUCUCCGAGGAUGCCAUUCGUCUGGGAAGAACCAAAUGAAGGGGAAAAAAGAAAAUAAAUAUCUGCAAGUUGCAUCCAUGAUAAUCGGUGGCAUGGAAGCCAGUAGGCCACCAUCUCCACCAGCCCCCACCCUGCGCCCCUAGGUUUGUAAUCUGGCCUGGAGUGGCAGAAAGGCUAGAAAAAAGGCCGUGCCUGUAACUGCUGAAGCUUCUGCAAUGUCUCCUGAGCAAAUUUGUUUUAUUUUAUCUUAAUUUAUUUGUUUCCUAUUUGUUUAGGUUCUUCUUCUUUCUUUUAUGCCUGUCUUUCAACUUUUUCUGUUUCACACUAACCAUGCCAUUAAUUAUAACUGUCCUUAUUAUUAUUAUUAUUAUUUGCUGUUGUUGCCAUUGUUCUUAUUACCAAUUGCUCGCAUUCUGCAUUUCCUUUAAUUUUGUUGGCCUUGCAUAAAAUCUGAAAUGUUUCCUCAGAUGGCGAUAAUUGUUUGUCCGGUUGAAGCUGACGCACUCUGCCGGCCAGAUCAAAGGGUCUCUUUAACUGUGACAUCAUAGCGACCUUCCACCCGAUUGGUCAGAGCGCACCCAUCUGAGGCCUGAACAUUUCACUGAAGUCUUCCAUACCGUUUUAACGGAUUGUUUCACUUAAUUCUGAUUCCCUCAGUUUACCCUUUCAUUUACUUUGUGCAUUUUUUCUGUUCUUCCUGUUUUUCUUUCUGUUUUUUUUUUCAGUGUCUCGUCUCCACCCGGCUACUCUCUAGCACUCCUCAGACAUUUCCACGGCCUCUUCUUACCGCCAGCACCCCGCCCAAACCACACGCCCCCACUCCAGUCACGCUUUGUGGGGACCUCCCGUGCUCAGUGCCCUCAUGUUUCAUUUGUGUGGAUAUACCCCAGCCUGGUGCUGACCAAAGGGAUUAGCCACUACCACCAAAAACCCGCUGUACGCCACACAGCACCGCGUGUCGCGUGAGAUUCGUCUGUACAGAGGAGGGAGUAUGCUGACUGACUGGGAACUGUGCAUGAACCAUGCUGUCAAAUCCCCCCCCCCCCGUGAAAUUUUACCCUGAGACUGAGUAUAAUGUGUGUGUGUGUGGGUGUGUGUGUGUGUGUGCAGGUGUGUCGGUGGGUGGCAGAAUGGGAGGGGGGGGGGGUUGUGCAUAUUUAGUUGGGGUGUAUAUAGAAUAGGUUUUGGGGACACAAGAGAACAGAGUGAGUAAAGGAAUUGACUCACGGUACAAGGACGCAUGAAGGUCAGGAGGGUACAGAUCAGAGUGCGGGAACAGAUGGGCGGACAUGAGUCACUUUGGUACCUGGUGCCAGGUAGGAGAGAGAACACGGAAUGCUUCCGUUAGGAGGGAAAGUGACCCUGAUAAAAAUGAGAGGUGAGGUAGCAGAACAGGAUGGAGAAGAUAGAUCCUACAUCUCCGUACAGGGCAGACGUGUACCAAAGAGAGAGUGUGUAUCAACGCCAUUCACACUUCAUAUAUAUCGAUUAACACACGCUCUGUUUUUUACUGCACAACAUGCGGACAAUCCAGGUUUAAUCGCAGGUUUAAUACAAGUCUUCUUAUUUCGCACACGCUGGUUAACUGAAUCACCUCACAGCUGCUGCUGACCUGAACACAUUCGCCAAUGGAGAACAACACCUUUCUAAAGUGCAUUGGACAGGGGCGGGGCUUUUAUACAGUAUGAAUGGAAGAUAGAGGUCCUCACCCGUAGGAUUCUAUUGCCUCUCUGUGGGCCAAGUUUACAUACGCUAGGGAAGUAAUGCAGUUUUGUAAAUUCUGUAAUUCAAAUGUCUUCUGUAUUCUAUUCAUGUAGCAACCACACUAAAAUGUACUGUACUGUAUAUCAGAAAGGAAUAAGCAAGUCUUCCAGUACUGUGGAUAGAGACACAAGCAGAGGUCCCCCCUUUUCAAUCCAGGAACAAUCUGCUAAGUCAUCGGCUCAACACAAAGAAAUGGAUGAAUUAAACAUUUUUUUUGCAGUGCAAACAUGUUUUGUGUCAAGUUUGGGUCAAACCUCACAGAGUUUCUUACUGUUGGAUAUGGGAAAAUGUAUGAUUAUGUUGAAGUGAUGUUCGAACAAAUAUCGCACCUACAUAUACGAAUAAAAAAAAGUAAUUGAAAUCAU